UUCAUUCCUUUCCUCACUUCCCACUCCCUCACAUCUCUUCUCAUAUCCCAGAAACACAGGGGAGCGAAGCCUUGCUUCUUUUCCUUCCUCGCCGAGGCAGAGGUCGGCCGAGCUGAGCCGGCCGGGCUGCACGUCGUCGUCUUCGUCGCAUUCCAUCCCUUCUCUCUACUUUCUCUUCCUGCAUGUAUCUCUUCUCUCUCUGGCCCUCCUAACACGUCCGUUUUACCUCGCAGAAAACCUUGGCGGCCGUCGCCGUCGAAGCUUAGUACGAGCCGUCGCCAUCGUCCAGCUUCUCCGUGUUGUUCUGUCCGUGCACCGUGCCCGCCGUCGUCAAUGCCAACGCCCGACCUCCCGCGAGUCAUACUUGAUGGACGACGUGAACUGCAGCGUCUCCGCGUUGCCUGCUCCAUCGCUAGGCACCUCCGCUAACCGCUUCGUCCGCAGCUACGCGGAACUCGCCUGCGGCCACGUCGUCGACGACCGUAGACCCGUCUGCACGUUCGCGUCGACGCCGGGAGGCCGUCACUGCAUGCGCACGUCGCCGACUGAGCCGCGCAGCCUCCGCCGAAUCCUUCAGCGGCGACCUCCAUCAUCUUCGACCACCGCCGAUAUGAACGCCACCGAUGAAGAAGAUGAGGAUCAUCUCGAGGAUUUCGAAGAGAAAGUCCAGGGACACAUUGCUAAUCAAGACUUGGUGGAGUUCGACAAAUGAAGAAGAAGUUGACGACGUCUAUGCGAGCUAGGAACGUCUUCCCAGUCAGUUGCCUGUAGGGUUAUGGCAUGACUUGGGCCAUGUGAACGCUUUCAUCUGAAGUAUUUCCGUUGUGUGAUUGUUGAUCUACUGCCAUUGCGGCUCUUAUGUAAGUAUUGGUCAAGUGACCUGUUGUAAUCUUUUUAUUCGGUACUGUAAUGGAUGAUGUAUUUGAUACCAGUUCGGUUA